AUGCGUCGAAUCACCGCCAUCCUCAUGGCCUUGGGCGCUGCCCUGCCAGCUGUGGCCUCGGGCCAUGGCCCAGAGCGACCAUGGAUGCUGCCACGGGAAACGGGCUCGAUACAGAUGUCGGAGCAGCAGUUGAUCAUGGGAAUAUCGCCGAGGCCGACGCCUGCGCCGCAACCUAGAGAACUCGUUGCACGCAUGGAGUUGCUGCCACGACUCGAAGGGUACACGAUGGGACCGGCGACAUGCGGCUAUGUGGCCAACAGCGGAAACUCAUUCACUUGCGUCGCCAACGCCGCAACAUGUGCCACCGAAAAUGGCUAUCUCGGCUGCUGCCAGCCGAACCAGCGCUGCACGAGAAUCCAAACCGUCUGCCUCGACUAUGCCGCCUCCAAGGCCGGCAAAUGCGCACUUUUGGCCGAUUUCCAUACCGUUUGCUGCUCAUCCGAAGCGCCCGCAUGCUUCACCUACCUCAUGACGAGGACCGGCUCGGUAUCGGAUGUCGGUAGCAUCUACACCGCAUUGGCCUGUCAGACCUCCUCCGGCAGCGCUGCCCUCCUCGACUACGACCCGGCUUGGUCCAAGACGCACAGCUUUCCCUCCGGCGUGGUGACCUCGGGGGCGACUGCUGCGCCGGCCGACGGUGGGGCAAACGACAACGGCAGCAGCAAGACCAAAGUCGGCGCCAUCGCUGGUGGUGUCGUAGGAGGCGUUGUUUUCCUACUUCUCAUCUGUGCCGGCAUAUUCCUGCUCAUCCGCCGCCGCAACAAGAAGAAAGCAAAGUCUGGCGCCCCAAGCUCAACCCAGCCGCCCAUGACACAGCAAGCACAGCAGAGCCUUCAGGAAGGGCACGGUCACAAUGAGUCUCGCCCCCAAAGUUUCCACCCGUACGACCCGCGCAUGAGUGUCUACAGCCAGGGGCAAAUGUACAAUGGCAAUGGUGGUUACAUGCCAUAUACCCCUCAGCACGCACAACCGUACCCACUUCCGCAUGGUGCUUACCCCCAGCCCGGCGCUGCCGGUUUUCCAUUGUCUUCUAUGGGAUCGCCUCCGCCACAUACGACCCCUAGCCCCAGCAUGAUGACGGAAGGCGAGCAUGCUUGGCCCUCGAGCCCUCACGGAACGAUGUCCACCGCCGCCGCCGAGAACCAUCCUCCCCAGGAGCUUGCCACGAAUGCACCUCUGGGAAACGAAGCCAAUCGAGCGGAACUCGGUUGA